CCUUUUCUCCAAGGCUUUAACACCAUUGGUUCAACAAAUUUAAGAUAAUAAACCGAAUUAUAAACCACUUCGUUAGAAGAUCUUUUAUUCAAUAACUUCUACUCGACUACCGCCACAACAGCAAUUACCUAUGGAAAUAAAAAACAAAACUGCAUGCUUUUCUGUGUGAGCAUAUCAAAUUUGUUGUUAUUGGUUAUCCUAUUGAAUUUGAACCUAGCAACGUUUUGUUUUGAUUACCACCCAACCACUCGCUACGCCCAUUCCGACGCUACUAACUUGCCACAACAAUAUGUAAAUGUCGCGUUAGAAAAUUCCUUAGAUUUGGUAGUAUAAAAGUUGCGAUUACUAUAACUUCAGUUUAUUGUUUACUCUUCAAAGUGAUAGAAGUACGCCAUUAGACUUCCAAAGUAGAUACAAAUUUCAUAAAAAAAAAAAAUAGUUUUUAAAAAAUUUAGUUGAAUACAGUUGAGAGCGAUAUAAAACUAUGUCUCAUACGGCGCGCGCACAUAUCACCAAAUUACACGAAUGUUCCGUUCAUGACCAAUCAUCAAAGCAACGUUCCAAAUCCGCAAAUCCACCAACGACGCACCCUUUCGUAAAUUGCCCUUUGCAACGAACGCGUUGUGUGCCACCAUUUUCAGUGCAAUCACGACAAAAAAAUACCGUCGUUGUGCAUGGGCCGAUAGAGGAACCAGCGGCGCCGGCUAGCGCACGCGGCAAAGUGAAUAUGAAAACUCUAAAAAGUAGCAAAAAGAAAGCAAUUUCUACAUUGGAAUUGGACUUGCGGGGACGUAGUCCACUUGGUAGUGUUGGCCACAAACGCUCUACAACAACAUUUCGUAUGUAUUUCGAUCGAGGAGAUCUGCCAAUCAAGAUGGAAUAUUUGUGUGGAGGGGAUAAAAUUGGUUGGACGGUGGAUAUUGACAAACUCGACUACAGCCUCUACUUGCCUCUCUUCUUCGAUGGUCUCUCGGAAACACAACACCCCUACAAGACAUACGCUCGACAAGGUGUUUCCGAUUUAUUGGUUGCUGGUGGCGAUAAAAUUCAUCCUGUUGUACCGCAAUUAAUAUUACCACUUAAAAACGCCCUUAGUACACGUAAUUUAGAGGUUAUGUGCACCACUUUAAGGAUAAUACAGCAGCUUGUAAUGUCGUCCGAUAUGGUGGGGCCUGCCUUGGUGCCAUUUUAUCGACAGCUACUGCCAAUGUUCAAUGCUUACAAAGUGAAAAAUGUUGCAGAUAAUACAAUUUACGCCCGGACACAUGUAUUUUUGUGAUACAUAUUAUGCCUUUACCUAUACAUAAGUACAUAUAAUAUGUAUAUGUAAGUACGCCUAUAUGUAGAGUAACCUUGUGCCAAUAAUGCAGUAAAUAAAUGCACAACCAGUAACUAAGGGGAUAGGCGAAUAAAAAACUAUAUUAUAGUAAUAUGGUACGCGAGAUGACUUACUGAACCUGUCUUAUCAACUAAUGCAGAUCCCGCCGAUCAAAGGCUUCAGAAUACCAAGUGGUCCUCAACUAAUUGAAAUGACGUUAAACUUUGUUUUUGUACGUGAUCACACAAGUGCUCAGGGUUAUUACGAUUUUGUUCACAAAACAGUUGCUAGUAACAGUCCAAUGGAUUUGAGAACGAUAUGUAUAACAAAAUGUGCUGCUCGUCUGUCUGUACACGUUAAGAGGAGUGAAAUUAUUGAGUCACAAUCUCGAAUAGAAAUUAUACUGUAUGCGGAUUUCCAGUGCUUACUCAAUGGCUCAUAUUUAUAAUAUUAAUAUAAUAUUGAAAAUUAGUAAAAGCGAAAACUAACCGCGUCCACUUAGCAUAUAACGGUAAUUUUUAAAAUUAAUAUACAAAACAAAACAGCUUUCAGUAAUAGGUAGAGCGAAUUUCCUAAUUUUUUUUACCCAAAUGGCGUCGGAGAAUAUAUAACACAUUUACUGUAAGGUGUCAUAACUCAAUAAAUAAAAAUUGCGAAAAACUUCUUUA